AUGUCACCAGAAGGAAAGUUGGAGCUUAAAAGACGCGCGAGGCUCCUCCUUGUCUCCUUCUGGGCGAGCCACCGGCUCCACAACAAAUCUCUGAAUAAUGAAGAAAACUUGAAACUGUUUGGGAAAUGCAACAAUCCAAAUGGCCAUGAGCACAAUUACAAAGUUGUGGUGACAGUGCAUGGAGAUAGUGAUCUUGUUACAGGCAUGAUAAUGAACGUGAUUGACCUCAAAGAGUAUAUGGAGGAGGCAAUUAUGAUGACCCCUGAUCGCAUGGAUCUGGGUGUGCCAUAUUUCACUGAUGUUGUGUGCUCGACAGAAAACGUGACUGUAUAUAUUUGGGAAAACCUUCAGAAAUUUCUUCCUGCAGCGGUUCUUUAA